AUGAUGUUCUUCCUUUUCCCUUUCAUAGAUACUGGAUUUGGGAUGCAGAAGCCUCCGUUCUUGGUUCCUGUCAAGGCCACCCUGAACGGAACUCUGAUCCACCCAGCAUACUUCCUCCUGGUAGGGAUCCCAGGUCUGGGGCCUAACAUACACUUUUGGAUGGCUUUCCCUUUGUGCUUUAUGUAUGCUUUGGCCAGCCUGGGAAACCUGGCCAUCGUCCUGAUCAUCCGCGUGGAAAGGCGCCUGCAUGAGCCCAUGUACCUCUUCCUGGCCAUGCUUUCCACCAUUGACCUAGUCCUCUCCUCUGUUACCAUGCCCAAGAUGGCCAGCCUUUUUCUGAUGGGCAUCCAGGAGAUUGAGUUCAGCAUUUGCCUGGCUCAGAUGUUCCUCAUCCAUGCACUGUCAGCUAUGGAGUCAGCAGUCCUGUUGGCAAUGGCUUUUGACCGGUUUGUGGCCAUCUGCUAUCCUCUGCGCCACACUUCUGUGCUCACCGGGCCCACUGUGGCCAAGAUUGGACUGGCUGCACUGACCCGGGGAUUUGUAUUCUUCUUCCCCCUGCCCUUUAUCCUGAAGCGCCUGUCAUACUGCCGGACGCACACUGUCACACACUCCUUCUGUCUUCACCAAGACAUCAUGAAGCUGUCCUGUACCGACACCACCGUUAAUGUGGUUUACGGACUCUUUAUUAUUCUCUCAGUCAUGGGGGUGGACUCCCUCCUCAUUGGUUUCUCCUAUGUUCUCAUCCUGCGGGCUGUGCUCGCGCUGUCCUCCCGGGGGGCGGCCCUCAAGGCUUUCAACACCUGCAUCUCUCAUCUCUGUGCUGUGCUGGUUUUUUACGUGCCCCUCAUCGGCCUCUCUGUGGUGCAUAGAUUGGGGGGCCCCACCUCCCUGCUCCACGUGGUGAUGGCUAAUGUCUAUCUAUUGCUACCACCGGUUGUCAAUCCCAUUGUCUACGGAGCCAAGACCAAGGAGAUCCGUUCACGGGUCUUCCGAAUGUUCUCACAAGAUGGCAGGGGAGCGGAAUAA